GAAAUGGACGAAAUGCCACCGAACUUACCGACAACUACCUUCCCCAUAUUUUACGAUGUUGUCGCUCAUCCUCUUGGGUAACUCCAGCAACGUCGGGUUGAGAGUUGAUCGAUCACGAACGCGUCUCAGGAACACGGCCAAAGCACGAGCCACAAGAUGACCUCAUCUCCUCCCACUGGCGUCUGGGUGCCCGUCCCGACUUUCUUCAAGCCGGCAUCUUCCUCCACCUCGAUCCAAGCCGAUAUCGAUGUUGACACGCAAAUCGCCCACAGCGUGUACCUCGCCAAGAAUGGCGUUCGCGGCCUCGUCCUGCUCGGUUCGACGGGCGAAGCGAUCCACAUGUCGAAGCAAGAACGCUUCGAUAUGGUCUCUGGCGUCCGAAAGGGAUUGAACGAUGCGGGAUUCCCGGAUUACCCGAUCAUGGCCGGCGUGCUCGUCAACAGCAUUGAUGAGACGCUGGAGUGGUUAGAGGACUUCAAGAAGGCGGGUGCGCAGUGGGGAUUGGUGCUUGCGCCAGGAUACUUUGGGGCUGCUGCAAACCAGGACAAUAUUAGGGAAUGGUACACUAUCGUUGCAGAUAGGUCGCCGAUUCCGAUCUUGGUAUAUAACUACCCAGGCGUCACGAACAACAUCAUGGUCACACCCGAAUCCUACCGCAUCCUCGCCCAGCACAAGAACAUCGUCGGAUGCAAGAUGUCGCAUGGCAACGUGUCCUACCACGUCCAAGUAUCGCUCGACCCCGAGAUCGACCACAACAAGUUCAGGGUAUACAGCGGCUUCGGUCAGCAAUUGGGUCCAAUUGUGCUCUUCGAUGCCGCCGGAGUCAUUGACGGACUCGCCGCGAUAUACCCGAGGACUGUUUCUCUACUCAUGAAGCUAUGUGAGCGGCGACCGGUGACGGACGAGACACUCAAGAAAAUCAAGGAGCUACAGUAUACCGUGAGCUCAGCGGAAGAAUAUGUUGUGAACGGCGGCAUUGUCGGUAUCAAGGAAGCUGUGAAGCGGGUGCUUGGAAUGGGUACUAUGGAAGGCGGAAGGCUACCGCUCAAGGGCAAGCUGCCAGACGGAGUGUGGGAGAAGUGGGAUAAGGGGGUUCUGGCAAGGAUACAGAAGACCGAGGAUUCGAUCAAUGCGGCGGACCUCAGGUGAGGGUAACUGAUUGCCGUACAUAUGGCUGGUCCUGCGACUUCAAACGAUAGAAAUCACGCCUCCACGCGGAUUGGCUUAUAC